AUGGCAAACGAGAAAUUUGAAACGUUAACGGCGUGGCGAGGAGUCAGAUGCAGAAUCGGUGGAUUAGGAGACGCCGGGAAGAAAAAAUCGGUUCCUAACUCGAACUAUGUAGUGCAUUUGGACAAUUUCUCGUCCUCUUCCUCCAUCACUCGUCCUCUGAUUGAGAUACUUCGAGAUCUCAACAAGAAGAUCCCUGAUAACAUCGUCAAGAGCCACGAUCCUGGAUCCAGCGCAGCUUCUUCUGGCUUUAUCCCUUGGUUCCAUGCAAACCGGAUGCUCAGCUUCUACGCACCUGGUUGGUGUGGAGAGGUUCGUGACGUCAUUUUCUCAGAGAAUAAUGUCACUGUUGUUUAUCGUCUUACCAUUCGUGGCUCUGAUGGUGAGGCACACCGAGAAUCCACUGGCACAGUAACGAUCACUGACGAUGUGAUCGAGGAUCCAGUUGCUGCAGCUGAGGAAAUAGCAUUUUGCAGAGCAUGUGCUCGAUUUGGUCUCGGCUUGUAUCUCUAUCACGAAGAGUAG